AUGGAGAAGUUUAUUGAUGCUGCCGACGAGUUUAUUAGAUUUGAAGCAAGGCUUAAAGAAGAGGAUUUUUCAGUUUACACUCUUGAAGCUUUAGACUUUGAAAAAUCAGAGUUAAAUAAAUUGUGGGAAAAAUUUAAAAUUAUUUAUGAAACCUAUGUAGAGGGGACGGUAGAAAAAAAGGAAGUAAUAUCUGUCCAGACUAAAUAUAGUCAGAUUCAUAAAACUCAUGUGAGGUGCAUUAAUAUAUUGGCUAGAGCUAAGCGCCGGUUGCCCAAAGAAGAAUCUUCAUCAAAAUCUAUGGCUCAAAAACAUGUUAGUUCUAUGCCUGUACAGGCAUGUGAUGUAGAAGUUUUUGACGGUGAUUAUGCUUCAUGGCCCACAUUUAGAGAUCUCUUUACCACAAUUUAUAUAAACAAUGACCGUUUAGGCCCAGUAGAGAAAUUAUGCUACCUUUUUCAAAAAACAAGUGGGGAUGCCCGUGAGGUGAAUAGAAAUAUUACCGUGACAUCAGACAAUUUUAAUAUUGCUUGGGAAAAUUUGAAAGCCACCUAUGAAAAUAAACGAAUAUUAUUUAACAAUCAAAUGAAUUUAUUAUAUAACUUGGCUCCAUGUCAGGAUGAAUGUGCAUCGGAAAUUAAAAGGCUCCAAAGGGAAAUCAAUAACUGUAUAUCAACUUUGAGGUUACCUGAACAAACUUUGAAUUUAUGGGAGCAAUCUGUUAAAAAUAAAGCAGAGAUUCCAAAAUGGAAGGAAAUUAAUGAUUUCCUGACUGAUAGAUUUCGAGCUCUUGAGAGUGUUUUUAAUAUUCGUGCCAGUGGUUCUCAACCUUCCUUUCAAAUAAUUAAUCAAAAUAAAACAAAGCAUUUAAAGGCUCAUCAUACUAAGGUUCACACCUCGCAAUGCAAAUUAUGUAAAGGUAUCCAUGAUAUAAGCUCGUGCUCUAAAUUCUUGAACAUGGAUUAUAAAAAUUGUGUUGCUACAUUGAGAAAAUUUAGAUUUUGCUUUAAUUGCCUCAAAUUAGGACACAUGUUUGGAGAUUGUCCUAGCAACAAUGGUUGCUCCAAAUGUAAGAGGAAACAUCACAAUCUUUUACAUAGGGAUUUUGAAAAAAAAGAGGUCCAAAGAAAUCAAUCUAGCAAUCAGGUUCAAGUUAAUAAUCAGCCAGUUCCUUCUCAGUCAUCUCAAGUACCUCCUACAUCCAAUGUAGUCCAAAAUCAUCAUCACUCAGUAUCUAAAAAAGUUUUGCUAGCUACAGCAUGGGUUAAUAUUGUGCAUUAUGGUUCUAGUUAUAAAGUGAGAGCCUUAAUUGAUCCAUGUUCGGAUGAAAGCUUCAUUUCCGAAAAAAUUCAGAAACUAUUGAAGUUGCCCACUGUACCUGUAUCAGUCGAAGUAGUAGGUCUAGGAGGGGAAAUUAUUAGCCGAUCAGACAAAAUGGCUAAUUUUUCUUUGGUUUCACUGGUUAAUUCUGAUUUAUCUCUAAAUGUUACUGCUUUAGUGGUCCCCCAAGUUACUGGAAAUGUUCCAACUCAUUCGUAUAACCCAGAUGUGAACAUUGUGAUACCAAAAUUGGAGUAUGCGGACCCUGGGUUUUAUAAAAGUGGUACAGUUGAUAUGCUUUUGGGAGGCGACGUUUAUCCAAAUAUUCUGCGAGGUGGUGUGAAACAUGGUAUUUUUGAUUCUUUAGUGGCUCAAGAAACCAUGUUUGGCUGGAUUGUGACCGGCCCCACAAAUCCACGUCGUUCAGUAAGGUUAAACUAUUUCACUAAAACGUCUAUUGAUGAUCAGUUAACAAAAUUCUGGGAACUUGAAGAAAUUUCUCGUAAGCCAGUAUUCUCGGAGGGGGAUAAGUUGUGUGAGGAGAUAUUUCGGUCUACUACUAAAAGAAAUGCUGACGGGAGACAGAUUGCUGUGAGUCAGUUCUUGAGAAAUGAAAACUCAUUAUUGCGUAGACUUGAAAACAAAACUUUGUAUGAUGAGGUUCUUAAUGAAUAUUUGACUUUGGCACAUAUGGAGAAAAUUGAGACUCCUGUAGCUGGCCCAAGUUAUUAUCUGCCUCACCAUGGCGUGUUUAAGUCAGAAAGCACUACUACAAAGUUGAGAGUAGUCUUUAAUGCAUCGAGUAUUACUUCUAGUGAUAUCUCGAAAAUGUAUAGGCAGAUUCUCAUAAACCCAGAACAAACUCGUUUUCAACAAAUUGUUUAUCGUGGCUCUCCUAAUGAAGAGAUAAAAGACUAUAGAUUGAAGACAGUUACUUUUGGUGUCAAUUGUGCUCCUUAUUUGGCACUAAGAACUCUUUUAAAGUUGGCAGAUGAUGAAGAACAUCGUUACCCUGUAGGUGCAACAAUAUUAAGAGAUUCCAUGUAUGUAGAUGACGCAUUAGUAGGAGCUCAUUGUUUACCUGAUGUAAUAGAAGCCCGAAACCAGCUUAUAGCUAUACUGGAUUCUGCUGGAUUUCAGUUAAGAAAAUGGACUUCGAAUAUGAAAGAAAUUUUAGUAGGGUUGCCCACAGAAGAUUUGUUAAAUGAAGAUUUUUUAAGUUUGGAAAAUAAAAGUACUGCCAAGACUCUAGGUGUUCAUUGGAAUGCUUCAGCUGAUUAUUUUUAUUUUACCACUUAG